AUGGCUUCCAGAUCAGAGGAGGAUUACUGCUGUCCGGUCUGUCAUGACAUCUUCAGAGUUCCGGUUGUUCUGUCAUGUUCCCACAGCUUCUGUAAAGACUGUCUGAGCACCUGGUGGAAGGCGAAACCACUGUGUGAGUGUCCAGUUUGUAAGAGACGAUCCUCAAUGGUGAACCCACCUGUUAGCCUGGUGUUGAAGAACCUGUGUGAGGCCUUCGUACAGGAGCAAGACCGGAGAGCAUUGGAGAUCCUCUGUAGUGUGCACUCUGAGAAACUCAAACUCUUCUGCCUAGAUCAUCAGCAGCCGACUUGUCUCGUCUGCAGGGACUCAGAGAAACACACCAACCACAAAUUCAGCCCCGUUGACGAAGCUGCGCCAAAGCACAGGGAGAAACUCCAGGCCACACUGAAACCCUUAAAGAAGAAUUUAAAUGUUCUCGAACGGGUUCAAGGAAAGUUAAGCAAAACAGCUGAGCACAUUAACGUCCAAGCCCGACAAACUGAGACUCAAAUUAAGAAGCAGUUUCAGAAGCUUCACAAGUUUCUAGAAGAAGAAGAGCAAGCCAGGAUGGCUGCUUUGAAACAGGAAGAGGAGCAGAAGAUGCAGAUGAUAACGGUAAAGAUGGACGCUCUGGGCGUAAAAAUAGCCGCUCUUUCAGACACAAUCAGAACCACAGAGAAGGAGCUGAGAGCUGAAGAUGUGUCCUUUCUGCAGAACUACAAGGCAACAGUGGAAAGUAUCCAGCGGCAGCACCCCCUACUCGAGGAAUCACAGCUGGGCCCGGGAGCUCUCAUAGAUAAGGCCAAACACUUGGGCAACCUGACCUUCAACAUCUGGAACAAGAUGAAGGAGAUGAUCUCCUACACGCCGGUGAUUCUGGACCCAAACACAACAAAUCUAGAACUCAUCGUGUCUGAUGAUAUGACCAAUGCGAGAGGAGGGGAGAAGCAGAAUCUUCCCGAUAAUCCGGAGAGGUUUGAUGAUUAUUACAUCGUCCAAGGCUCUGAGAGCUUUAACUCGGGGACUCACACAUGGGACGUUGAAGUUGGCAUUAAUACAUUCUGGUCAAUAGGUGUGUUAGUGGAGUCAUUCCAGAGAAAGGGACCCACACAGACUGGAUUAUGGGAAAUGCGGUUCCAUAAAGGGGAAUACUCGGCGCGGGCACUACCAGCUGCAGCCACUGAUCUGCGGUUGCAGAGGAAGCUGAAGAGAAUCAGAAUGAGUCUGGACUGGAGCAGAGGAAAGCUGACCUUCUCUGAUCCUGACACUAACACACUCUUGCACACCCUCAAACACACCUUCACUGAGAGGCUGUUUCCAUACAUUAGCACAGUGGAUAAAGUACCGCUGAAGAUUUUACCAACGAAGGUCUGUGUGAGCAAACAAGUGUGA